AUGGAACUGUGUACUUUCAAAGAAUAUUAUAGAUCCCAAGCUUUGAGCAGUAAAUGGGAUAUUAGUUUUAAUUUAUGCUCUGAAGGACAAUUGAGUGUUUGUCAAGGAAAAGGAAAAUAUGCAUGUCAAACAAAUUAUGAUUCUAAUUGGGUGUUUGUGGAUGUAUAUGAUUUAGGAAGUUUAAAUAAAACAAAUUUCAUGGAUGAUGGUGUUACAUUAACAUAUAGAGGGUAUAUAAGUCCCGAUUCCCCUAGAGGAUGGUGUAUAGAAGGUUCAUAUGAAGUAAACUAUAGAAUAACAAAUUUCAAUUUAUUGUGUGAUAAGGGUGUUGAGAAUGUUGAUGUAUUAAAUGCAACGGAACCAAUCGGUUGUUAUUACAAUGUUACUCUUAAAAGUAAACAAUUUUGUGAAUGCCCAUUGCAAUGUAGCCCACCACAUGGUAAAUGUGUUAAUGGUGAAUGUGUUUGUGACCAAUUUUCAAAUGGAACAUCUUGUGAAAAAUUGAUAAUUACUAUUGAUUCUGUAGUCAAUACAACAAUUAAUGGUGGAAUAGGGUAUAUUCAUUUCAGUAAUUUUUCAAUGACUUUUCCAUUAUUUCAGUUAAAAAUCGGUGACCUUUAUUGUACCAAUGUUAUGUUAUUAAACAGUUCAACACUUCAAUUUACAAUCAGUCCUGGUAUUGGAAUUCACAAUGUUGAAAUUAUUAAUGGAAAUUCAUCAUACUUGUCAUAUGAUUCAUUUGGAUAUCAAUGUAAUUCUGAUUGCUCUCCUCCCCAUGGUGAGUGCAAUUUAACACUUGGAAGUUGUUCAUGUGAUACUCAAACCAAUGGAACAAAUUGUGAAAACUUGAUAAUUACUAUUGAUUCUGUAAUAAAUACAACAAUAAGUGGUGGGAUUGGGUAUAUUCAUUUCAGUAAUUUUACAGUGACUUUUCCAUUGUUUCAAUUAAAAAUUGGAGGUGUUUAUUGUACAAAUGUUAAAUUAUUAAACAGUUCAACACUUCAAUUUUCUAUUGGUCCUGGUAAUGGUAUUCACAAUGUUGAAAUUAUUAAUGGAAAUUCAUCUUACUUGUCAUAUGAUUCAUUUGGAUAUCAAUGUAACACUGCUUGCUCUCCUCCACAUGGUGAGUGCAAUUUAACACUUGGAAGUUGUUCAUGUGAUACUCAAACUAAUGGAACAAAUUGUGAAAAUUCAAAAUUGUUUUUAAAUAACAUUAUCCCAACUGAUGAAAAUGGUGGUACAACUUAUUUAUAUGGUUAUUUUGGAAAUACAACUUCUAAUUUAUCAAUAAUGAUUGGAGAUAAUGAUUGCACAAAUAUUGAACAACUAAAUGAAACAUUAAUUAAAUGUGACGUUGGAAAGGGUUCUGGUUUUAAAGAUGUGAUUUUAAAAGAUAGAGAUUUAAUAGUACAUGUUUUGAAUUUAUUUCAAUACUUUAAACCAAUAACAACAAACCCACCAAAGCAUUGUAUUGAUAAUUGUGGUGCUCCAAAUAAUGGAAUUUGUACUUCUACAGGUUGUAUGUGUAUUUCACCAUGGAUAGGUAAUGACUGUAAAUCUAAAAUUAUUUCAAUUCCUCAACCAUCAUUAAAUUAUUCGAAUCCAGUUACAGACAUACAAUUGAUUGACAAUAAGGUAGAUACUAAACUAUUCCGUUCACUAGUAUCAAUUGUAAAAUUAAGAGAAUUAGAUUUCCAGUCUAAACAAGUGAAUUCAUUUACAUUUAUAGAAUGGGAAUAUUAUAAAAUUAAUGAAUCAACAAGCCAAUAUAAAUCAAAUAUUACAAAUUUAGGUUUAACUACUUUUAUUACUGUAACUUUACAAUGGUUUGAAAAUGAAACUAAUGUUGUAUUUGUAAAUCAAAAUAUUAAAAUGAACCCUUCAUCAAUUAAAUACACAAUUGAGAUUUCUGAAUAUAAAUUCAGCAGUAACUUAAAUCAAUUACAAUUAGUAAUGAUGGCUUCAUUGUCUAUUAAUAAAACAAAUGAUAUUUGUUCAAAUAAAGAGUUUAGUGAAACUUCAAGUGGUGAUGAUUCAAAUUAUUUAAAAAUUCAAAUUGAUGAUCAUUCUUUAUAUGGUAGAUUUAUAAAAAGAGCAUUAAUUGAUUCAAUUCCAAGAUCAAUUGAUAAUGUUCCUUUGGACUCUUCAAUGAAUCAAGUUGAUAGUGCCUCUUUGUCUCAAUCAUAUAUUGGUAUUUCAGUUCCUUUUUUUAAAAAACAAAUAAUAAUUGAUCCUGAUUUUUCAGUACUUCUCAGUUCAUCUUCUGAUUCUUUCAAAUCUGAAUCUUCAAUUUGUUCAUUUAAUAAAGAAUCAAAAUUUUCAGGUGGAUUAAUUUCAGCAAUAGUUUUAUGUAGUUUUUUUGUAUUUGCAAGUUUAAUAACAAUGGUUGCAUAUAGUUAUUAUAAAAAAAGAUAUGAUAGAAAUAUAAUGAAAGAAAUUCGAACAAAAUUAUCUAAAAGGUAA